AAGUUUCAGUACUGAUCUUUGAGAAUCGAGGGUGCAGAUUUUAUUGACCUUGUGAACUUGCUCUGGACUAGUAAUACUUCUGCACUCCCGCAUCUGCAAAACUCCUGUGAAAGAGGUGAAGCUAGAUCUAGUGUUUUCUGCCAGCUUCCUCUGGGCGUGUGAGCACAAGUCUGCCAGUUUGCAGCAGUGCUGAUGCAGGCCUUGGAUCAUGUUCAAAAUCUGAAAGACCAAAAUUAGUAGCAACUUUUGAAAACACAGACUGAUUUUACAUCUCCAGAUCCAGCUUCAUGUUUUAGAAAACAUUAAUCAGCUUGCCUUUUCCUGUUGUGAUGAAAUAACAUUCCCUGUUUUGACAGUCUCUAGCUUUGUGGAAUGGAAAGUCAAAAUAAACAAUGAAGACCACAUUGAACAUGCUAAUACACAACCUCAAAUGUUUCCUUGAUUCCCAGGCCUCAGCUAGACUGCUUAUCCAAACAUUUCCUCCUGUUGACUCCCCCUGUCUCCCAUACCAUCCUAGGUUACUAGUUUUUAGAUAGGAGCUUGUAAUACACAUUAUACAGAUUGAAAGUGGAAUUUCAUUAGCACAAACUCCACUAUCAUAAUUGUGAUCUACAGCAAAUGAAUACAAUUAAGCACACUAGGGUCUCCCUGAGCUCCCCCCUCCUCUUGGCACACAAACUGAAGCUGACACCAGGCUCCUGUAUAAAGCUAGCACACUGCGUUCACUGCAAUAGCAGCGGGUCUACAGGGUUACACUCAGCAGCACCAUGUCACUGCUUCUCCUUCAGCUGCUAGUGCUCUCACAUCUUGGAGCCACAGAGCCACAGGCAGAUUCACAGCAAAGGAAAAGCAGAAGGCCAUUUCAGCGGCUUUUCUACCUGGACAAAAAACUGCUUGAGAGUCAAAGUUUUCGUGAGCUGGUGGGGGAAAACCCAGUAGGUGUUGAGGAAACCCAGGGACAACCAAGUUUUUUUGUAGCAAUUCCACAGACAGCAGGAGAGAGUCAGAAGCAAGGGGAGAAAAAAAUGUCCAGAUUCAUCCUUCCUAAUGCAGAACUCUAUGCAGACCAAGAUGUUAGAACCUGGACAGCACCCAGAGAGGUCUCUCCCAUGGAAAACAUCUCUCCAUCCCACUAUUCCAGCAAGAGGAAGGUUGAACCUACAUAUAGAAAAGAUGCCAAGAAAUUCUGGGACCACUUCAUGUUAAGGAAAAAUUCAGCUUCUGAAGAGGUUGUCCUGCCCAUCAAGACUAAUGAAAUGAACCAAGAAACCUGCAGAACCCUGCCUUUUUCCCAGGGUAUUGCUCAUGAGAGCUGUGAGAAGGUGAUUGUACAGAAUAAUCUGUGUUUUGGAAAGUGUAGUUCCUUUCAUGUUUCUGGUCCAGAAGAUCGUCUUUAUACCUUUUGUUCUCAGUGCAUGCCCACCAAAUUUUCCAUGAAGCGCUUGGAUCUCAACUGCACCAGUUCUGUCCCAGUAGUCAAAGAAGUCAUGAUUGUGGAAGAGUGUAAAUGCGAGAUUCAGAAGAUUAAAGAUCCUGUGCUUGAAUCUCAACAGUCAGAUUUGCAUGAAAAUGUACAUGAGCACAAUUAACCUAUUCAAGGUACGUCUGAAGUCUCUGAUCAUAAGAAUUUGCCAAUGG